UUCAGUGAGAAAAGGAAAAAAGAAAAAAAUAAAAAUAAAAAAAAAUAAAAAAAAUAAAAAAGGAAAAUAUUUUCAAAACUAUCAUAUUUGGAGAAGACAACAAAACCCUAAUCAUCUUCGCUUUCAGUUCUCUGUUCAUCUAUCCCAAACCCUAACCCCAAUCUUUUUUUUUUGGGAUUAAUUUUAUAUAUUUUUAAAAUUUUUUUUCCCUUUCAUUGACACUGCAAUGGCGUCAUCGGCUGUUUCUUCUCCGGCAGUACAGACUUCGAAUGUGGCAGCGCAACAGCCUCUGGCGGCGGCGGCGGCUCCUGUUCCGGCAAAUGCGGCUCCGGUGACGGGGUUCGGGAACUCCUCAUUGUACGUAGGGGAUCUGGACCCGAAUGUGAAUGAAGGACAGCUUUUCGAUCUGUUCAAUCAGGUGGCCCAGGUCGUUUCCAUUAGGGUUUGCAGAGAUCAGGCUCGGAGGCAAUCUCUUGGUUAUGCCUAUGUCAAUUACGGCAACCCUCAAGAUGCUGCUAAUUCCAUGGAGAUAUUGAAUUAUACACCUAUUAAUGGAAAACCUAUCAGGAUUAUGUUCUCUCACCGGGAUCCAAGCAUUCGAAAGAGUGGAUAUGCUAAUAUUUUUAUCAAGAACCUGGACACUUCACUUGAUAAUAAGGCAUUACAUGACACUUUUGCUGCCUUUGGAACUAUUCUUUCUUGCAAGGUUGCUGUUGAUAAAAAUGGUCUAUCAAAAGGUUAUGGGUUUGUACAGUAUGACAAUGAUGAAUCUGCACAGAAUGCUAUCAAACAACUGAAUGGAAUGUUAAUAAAUGACAAACAAGUUUUUGUCGGACUUUUUAUUCGACGCCAUGAAAGGAGCCGAGCAAAUGGCUCACCAAAGUUUACUAAUGUUUUUGUGAAAAAUCUUUCAGAGGCAACUACGGAUGAGGACCUUAAGAAACUUUUUGGCACUUUUGGUACCAUCACAAGUGCAGUUGUUGCCAGGGAUGGAAAUGGGAAGUCCAGAUGCUUUGGUUUCAUUAACUUUCAGAGCUCAGAUGCAGCUGCUGCUGCAGUUGAGAAGUUGAAUGGUAGCAUCAUUGAUGACAAAGUAUUGUAUGUUGGGAGGGCUCAAAGGAAAGCAGAGAGGGAGGCAGAGUUGAAAGCCAAAUUUGAACAGGAAAGAAUUAGCAGAUUUGAAAAACUUCAGGGUGCUAAUCUCUAUGUGAAAAAUCUUGAUGACAGCAUAAAUGAUGAAAAACUAAAGGAGAUAUUCGCUGAGUUUGGAUCAAUAACAUCAUGCAAGGUCAUGGUUGACUCACAGGGGCUGAGCAAGGGAUCUGGCUUUGUUGCCUUUUCUACCCCUGAGGAAGCUGCCAGAGCUUUGAAUGAUUUAAAUGGGAAGCUGAUUGGUCGGAAACCUCUGUAUGUGGCUGUGGCUCAACGCAAGGAAGAGCGGAAGGCUCGCUUGCAGGCACAGUUUGCUCAAAUUAGAGCACCAGGUGGAAUGGCACCUUUACCAUCUGCGGUACCUGGGUUUCGUCCUGGGGCACCUAGACUUGCCCCUCAACAGAUGUAUUUUGGUCAAGGUACUCCUGGUCUAAUGCCUCCCCAGCCUGCUGGUUAUGGUUUCCAGCAGCAACUCUUGCCUGGAAUGCGCCCUGGUGUUGCCCCAAAUUUCAUUAUGCCAUACCACCUUCAGAGACAAGGACAACCUGGACAACGGAUGGGUGUGCGUCGUGGUGGGAACCUCCAACAGGUGCAGCAGCAACAGCCGUUGCUGCAUCGGAACCCCAAUCAAGGCCUUAGAUACGUGGCUAGCACACGGAAUAGCAUGGAUCCAGCUGUGGUUCCUCAAGGUCUUGUGGGUCCAAUGAUGCCAUUGGCAUUUGAUGGUUCAGGGGUGCCUAUGUCUACAAUUGAUAUCCAGCGAUCAGGACCUGUGCCCAUGUCAACACUUGCUUCUGCAUUAGCUUCUGCUACUCCAGAGAAUCAGAGACUGAUGCUUGGAGAGCAGCUAUAUCCUCUUGUCAAGCGCAUUGAACCGGAACAUGCAGCGAAGGUCACUGGGAUGCUGCUGGAGAUGGAUCAAACAGAGGUUCUACAUCUCAUCGAGUCUCCAGAUGAUCUGAAGGAUAAGGUGGGUGAGGCAAUAGAAGUCCUUCACAAGGCUACCUCGAAGUCCGAUGUUGCUGAUCAGCUAGGUGCAUUGGCCAUCCGUGAAUGAAAGCUAACCACACAAGUGUAAUGCAUACACUUUUCCAUUUUGGAUUUUCAGGCCCUUUUCUAAUGUAACUUUAACGAGGAAUUAUAGAGAAUUUUUUGAUUUUCUAUCUGCGGGAGUAAUAUUAUUUAUCUAGGCUUUUGACUUGGAACGGAGGGACAAAGAAUUCCUCAUUGACAUGUUAUUAUAAGUAGACAGUUGCUUUAAAAUCUUUUAUUUGAUACACAAAUUCAGUUUAGGCGCCAGAGCUGAUUUUUCUC